AUGGACAGACAAGAAAGGACCAGUGUAAACUUCUCAGAGACAAACUCACCUUUGGAGAACAGUCUGCUUAAUAGUGAUGGGAGUGCACUGGCAACAGAGAUGGAGAACCUUCUAGUUCUCCCUAAAGAACAGAUGAGCCCAUUUGAACUGCUCACUUACCUGUCUCAAAAUGAGAUCUGUGAGUUGUACCCAAAUCUAUGGGUAGCUCUACGGAUAGUGUGCACUCUCCCUCUGACUGUUGCAUCUGCAGAGCAACAAGAACAACUUGAGAUCUUCCAUGGCACGAGAAAGACUGUGUGGACAGGCAGUGAUAAGCAUGAACAACAAAGUUGGCCAUCAGAUCUCGUACAGCGAUGUCACAAAUGA